AUGGGUUAUAAUAGUUCUGAGGAGGAGGAAAUAGUUCAUGAAUUACACCAACUUGAACAAGUAGCUGAGGUGAAUGCUUGUUGUAUCACAGCUUGUGCUUUGUAUGGUACUCCUGCCCCUACUGCUAUUAAGACUAUGAAACUCACUGCGGUAAUAAAGAAUUGUCCUGUUGUGGUAUUGUUAGACUCUGGAAGCUCUCAUAAUUUCAUCCAUAUUGGCAUGGUUAAGAAGUUGGGUUGGAAGUUAGAUCAGUCUCAUAUUUGUGAUGUCAUGAUAGCUGAUGGUGGACAAGUUCAAUGUAAGGGUUGUUGUGCUGCUAUUCCUUUAACCAUAGGGAAUUAUGUGUAUACUUCCGAUAUGUUUGCUUUGCCAUUGGGAGGCUGUGACAUUGUGUUAGGGGUUCAAUGGUUGCGAACUCUUGGUCCAAUCUUGUGGGACUUUGAGAAAUUAACUAUGAAAUUUUGGUAUGGGGAGGAGCAGAUUUGUUUGUCCAGUUCCAAGCCUCAGCCUCCACAGCCUAUUUCUUGUCAUCAGAUGGACAAGUUGUUGCAUUCAGGAUGUUAUGGACUGAUUCUCUGUGCUGUGGAAUGUGAAAAUAUGACCGCACCUGCAGAUGAUUUAUCUUCACCACAACAGCAUGAAUUGCACGCCUUGUUGGAUUCUUUUUCUGCAGUUUUUGGCACACCAACAACUCUACCUCCUGUGAGAGACCAUGAUCAUCGGAUACCAUUGGUUGAUGGUUGUAAACCACCAAGUAUUAGACCAUAUGCUUAUGGACAACUUCAAAAGUCAGAAAUUGAAAAAUGUGUCAAAGAGCUGAUGGAUUCUGGUUUUAUAAGGAACUGUCAUAGUCCUUUUUCUUCUCCUGUUUUGUUGGUCAAGAAGAAGGAUAGCACAUGGAGAAUGUGCAUGGAUUACAGACAAUUAAAUGAGUUAACUAUAAAGGACAAAUAUCCAAUUCCACUUAUUGAUGAUCUGUUGGAUGAAUUGCAUGGGGCUAAGUAUUUUUCCAAAUUGGACUUGAGGAGCGGCUAUCAUCAUAUUAGAGUUCAUCCAGAGGAUAUUGAAAAGACAGCUUUUCGGACUCAUGAGGGACAUUAUGAAUUCCUUGUUAUGCCCUUUGGAUUGACAAAUGCUCCAGCCACAUUUCAAGGUUUGAUGAAUGAGAUUUUCCGAAAUUGUUUAAGGAGGUUUGUCUUGGUAUUUUUUGAUGAUAUUCUAGUUUACAGUACUUCAUGGUCAGAUCAUUUGAGGCAUUUACAUACUGUUUUGGAAAUUCUAAAGCAUCAUCAACUUUUUGUCAAGAUGUCCAAGUGUGCCUUUGGAGUUUCUACUAUUGAGUAUUUGGGCCACAUCGUCUCUAGGCAAGGAGUUGCAGCUGAUCCUUCCAAAUUAAAGGCCGUUGCAGAGUGGCCUGUCCUUACUUUUGUGAAGAGUUUGAGAGAUUUUACAAAACCUUUUAUCAUUGAGAGUGAUGCUUCUGGUUAUGGUAUAGGAGCUGUGUUACAACAGGAGGGAAGGCCUAUUGCUUUUACCAGCAAGACUCUUGGUCCUAGAAACUAG